GCCACUAGUUCCCCCACACAUACCUUGUGUCUUUCAAAAAUACUUGACGAAUAAAAAAAAGGUGGAAGGAAAAGCUUAAAAUGGCUGCAGAGGAAGCUCAAAUGGACGCCAAUGAGACGGAGGCGGCAGGGUAUGAUGAUUUUGGCCAUGGAACCACUGGUCUAAACAAAUACACUCUUCUUUGCGCUCUUUUGGCCUCUACAAACUCUAUUCUCUUAGGCUAUGAUAUUGGUGUCAUGAGUGGGGCAGUGAUCUUUAUCAAAGAAAACCUAAAAAUUACAUCAGUUCAAGUAGAAAUCUUAGUUGGUAGCCUGAAUGUACUUUCACUCAUAGGCUCACUUGCUUCUGGCAAAACCUCAGAUUACAUAGGCAGACGUUACACAAUUGUUCUAGCCGCAGUGACAUUCCUAGUAGGUGCACUUCUAAUGGGGUUUGCACCCUCUUUCUCAAUGCUCCUAUUAGGCCGCAUAGUCGCUGGCAUUGGCGUCGGCUAUUCCCUCAUGAUUUCUCCUGUAUACACAGCUGAAAUCUCCCCUGCCAUGAAACGUGGGUUCCUCACUUCCCUCCCCGAAGUAUUCAUCGUCUCUGGAAUCCUCCUAGGCUACAUCGUUAACUAUUCCUUAUCAGGUUUGCCCCAAAACAUAAACUGGAGACUGAUGCUUGGUUUCGCAGCAAUACCGGCUGUUGCAAUUGGAUUUGGUGUUAUAGCAAUGCCAGAAUCACCUCGUUGGCUUGUCAUGAAAGGAAGAACAGAUGAAGCAAAAAGGAUUUUGAUCAAAGUCUCGGAUAGUUCUCAAGAAGCUGAAUUUAGACUCAGUGAAAUAACCAAAGCUGCUGCUAUGGACUUAGGCCAAGCAACCUCUUCAAGCAAUAGCAAUUGGCGUGGCCAAGGGGUUUGGAGGGAACUUCUAUUAAGCCCAUCAAGACCUGUUCGUCGAAUUCUUAUUGCAGCCAUUGGGAUUAACUUUUUUAUGCAAGCUUCUGGCAAUGAUGCUGUUAUAUACUAUUGCCCCGCAGUGUUCAAGGAUGCUGGCAUUCAAAAUAAAAGACAGCUCUUCGGUGUUAAUGUCAUCAUGGGAGUAGCCAAGGCUUCUUUUGUGUUGAUUUCGGCUCUUUAUUUGGACAGGUUUGGGAGACGGCCUCUUUUGUUGCUAGGCUCAAUUGGGAUGGCCGUGUCCUUGGCUGCGUUGGGCAUGGGUUCUAAAUUUCUCGAACAUUCGGAAACCAAACCUUUGUGGGCUCUUAUUGUAUGCAUCGUGGCUGUCUGUGCCGAUGCUGCCUUCUUCUCGAUUGGCCUCGGUCCGAUCACAUGGGUUUAUUCAUCAGAAAUAUUUCCAUUGCGGCUACGGGCCCAGGGCACAGGCCUGGCUAUAUCAGUGAACAGGCUGGUUAGUGGGGUGGUUUCCAUGACAUUUUUGACAAUAUCCAAGAAAAUAACAUUUGGAGGAAUGUUUUUUGUGCUUUCUGGAAUAAUGGUGGUGGGCACAGUGUUCUUUUAUUUCUUUCUGCCAGAGACCAAAAACAAGAGCCUGGAAGAGGUCUGGGCACUGUUUGAGGAUAAAGAUAAAAAUGAUGAUGGUAAAAGGGGAACGCAAAUGAGAGAAAUGUGAUACUAUUGCCAUCAGCUGCAUUUAAUAUGGGUUGUACUUAAGAUCAGUGUUUCGUACAUGCAUUGACUUACAAUCAUAUUGAAUAUUGAAUAGUAAUAGCUUUUUUAAAGAGUUUUGACAUGCAGCAUUAUAAUUUUUCUUGAUUUACAUAUCCAGGCUAGCCAAUUCAUUGGGAAAAUGA